CUCCGAAUCUAAUAUCUGUUCUGUACUGUCUCUGGUUGCGUACAACUGAGAAAGGGAGCUAACAUUUCUCCAAAUGGUGUAAAAUAAUUUUAAAAAAAAAACACACCCAUCCUUAUAUGAACAGGUCGUCUCUGCUGUCAACAACCUGGCUUCAUCGCAGUGAAAGGCGAGGGUGGAUACUGGUUUGAAAGCACUCUCAUCCAUCCCACUGUUUUCACGGAGAUUGUAGCUAAUAAGCUAGCUACGCAACGCAGCAGCUAUGGAGCCCUCUGAGCAGCAGCAGCAGACCGGCCCUGAGGUCUCUCAGGAGGUCAACCUUGUGUACCUGCAGCAGCUGCGAGAGCUGGACAUCCCUGAAGAGGCUGCCAAGCAAGCUCUCUUACACACCCGGAACGUGUCUGCCGAGGAGGCUGCCAUGUACUACUUUAACAAGCUGGAGAAUGAGGAGGAAGGAGACGACGACCUCAUGUUCAAGAUGGUGUUUGUGGUGAACAUGGACCUGGCUAUGGGUGUCGGAAAGGUCGCUGCUCAGGUGAGCCAUGCAGCUGUGGGUCUCUACCAGGCCUUGCAGGAGAAGAACAGCUGGAGGGAAAUGGCUUGGAAGUGGGACCAUGGCGGGGCAAAGAAGGUGGUGGUUCAGGGGACAAACAUGGCCCAUCUUUUAGAGCUGCAGGCUCUGGCUAUGAGCCUCAGCCUGCCCACGUACCUGGUCCAGGAUGCCGGACGCACCCAGGUGGAAGCUGGCUCGCGCACUGUCCUGGCCAUUGUUGGGGAAGAAGAGAUGGUGAACAACGUCACGGGAAGUCUGAAGCUGCUGUAAGGAAUGGGAAGUGGCUGUGGAGGUGCAGGGCCGUGCAGUGCCGCAGGGGCAGCCAGCAGAGGGCGACAUCCCCUAACAGCAGAAUGGUCUUGGCAUGCAAGUGCGGAACUACGACAACGUAAUGAAACAAAAAAACUGAAGAAAAAAAAAAAGAGAAAAACAACCAGACAUGACCCAACCACCAUUUUUGUUUCUUGUUCUGUUCCCUGUCCGAGCCAUUGACUGGAGAAGACAUGUAUGGAGAGCUGAUCACGUCGAGGAGGGAUACAUUCCUCAUCCUGACUAUGUUAAAGGCAGCUUGAACAACUUUUUAAUGUCUACUUUUAUAUUUUAUUCAUUAUGGAGAAAGUUUGCUAGCACAGUUAGAGAAGCACACAUUUUUUAUGAAGGUGAAAGUUACUGAGAGCAUAACUCUUUCUCCCCAUUUAAAAUAUGAUUUAGCGUAUUUAAAAACGUUAAAUAAAAAAUCAAGGAUAGAAUUUGGUGUUUUGGUGAUUUGUUAAAUUCUGUUAAUUCAAAGAGCAAACUAUAUAAUUGUAAUAAAAUCCUUUUUAGGUGUAGGAUAUCCCUGUGAAAGUGACUGUCAGUAAGGAGAGCUUUACUGUUGGCUAUUUCCUCUGUAAAACGUGUAUGUAUACACCUCUGUAUGCUGCAUUCUCUCCCAGAGACCCUGUUCCUUAGAAACAGCUCUACAUACUGACGUCAAAUGGCCUUCUGUUGCGGUUGAUGUUCGUUUGUUCAGGCCAUAUAUAUAUUAAUCCUGUGAUGUGCCACACUUCACGUUGUGCACAAUCGCUCUUAGACUUACAUGGGUUUUGGUGGAGUAAUAUUUUCCCUUUUCUGUUCUGGCAGGAAAGGAAAUGGUUGACUCUGCUUGCUUUGAGUAAAAAUUCCUAGGUUUGGCAGUAAAGUAAUACUGACUUGUAUGUGGUGAACAGGUUUUGAGUGUGAGGAACUUGUGUGAGUUAAAAUGGGCUACUGCGCAGAUGCUUGCUCAGUGCCCCAAGCUAAUUAUUAAUGGUUUACACAAAUGAGAUGUUUGUGAAAUCUGUAAAACUGCUUUAAGAGUAAGUGUUAUCUUUAUGAUGUAGUCAAAAAAACACUGUAGAUAGCUGGGCUAAAUGGUUUACCUAUGAAUAUGAUCUUAAAAAAAACAGCAUAGAGAUUUAAGACGGAUAUGGAAUUACAUGAUAACAUUUUAAGAACAGCAUUACUGGUUGUUGCACCUAACAGUUCUUAGAACAAACGGAUAUCUAGGAUAUUUCACGUUUCUGUUAAAACGACACAAAUGGUGCUCGAGUUUUGCUAAAUAUGGAAAUUCUUUCUAUGAAUAAUUUAAAUGGAACUGACAUGACAUGCAUGCGAGUUACUUAUUGUUUUGUUUGUGUUAGAUAUCAUGGCUGCAUUCAUUUUGAUACCUUCCUGUGUUACACAAUCAUUUGUUUGUGUUUUGAAACCAAGGAGAAUAUUAAAAAUGACCCCAGAGUCCA